AUGUGCAACGAAAUAAACCUCCCAAACCUCCUGAUAUCCACGGCGUGCUUACGUGUAGAGGCUGAUCAUCACGAAAGCAUACACCAACAACACGGCGAAAACCGCCGCUGCCCACUUGAGGUGUCUAUUGCGCAUGCGGCGUUCAAAGUCCGGAACGUCCGAGAUGUACAUGGUCUCGCCCUCGUGAAAGUAAGAUCCAAGGUUUCUCAGCUGGUCGCCCACCGCCGUGAACCGUUUCCGCCUACAUGUGCCAGGCACCUCGACAUAGACGUACUUUGUGAGCGGAACAACGCCGCGAGAGCUCUUUUCCAACGCCAAGUUGCUGGCCUCGUCCACAGACGAGCUGGUGUUGAAAAGAUGGAGCGCCGUCUCCUUGACGGACUUGCCGUUGUUCCACAACUUGAGCUCAACAUUGAGCAGGAGCGAGGGUUCCACCUCGUUGUAUGGCGGGCAUUGCGCAGGGUAGAGCGAUUCUUCAAGCUCCAAAAGGCCUUCUUGUGA